UGAUCAAUAAUAAUCUCCUAAGGUUUGUGAGAGAAAAAUAAGAAAGUAAACAAUGCGGGGAACCUUGAAUGUAAGAUAUAAGUCUGAAUAAAUUCCGCACAGUCGUCUCUGAAGUUUCAUCCUUUGUGGGUAACAUUAAGUUAGAACUUGAAAAGUAAGGGAAAACUGUAGCUCUGAUUCCCAAAGAUAGGUUGAUAAGAUUCCGUUGUUAUGGAUGGAAAUCUGAAACCGUCUAAACCUGGGCUCCUGCAUCUGUUGGAUAAUUUAACAAACAGUUAAACUUGGACUGUGGUCAGAGUAGGAUGUGCUGAACUAUGACGUCACCGUUCCAAAGUUCGUUUAUCAACCCUAAUACAGGGUGUCCUGCAGGGUAUACAAGGGCUCCUCGAAGUACAGAAUCCUUUAGCGAAGAAACCGAGAAUGAACAUUUACGACAUCAGGAGGGUGUAAACCUAAUGGUAGAGCAGAAAGGAUUAAGCUAUGGAGAAUAUUUAAACCUGGAUAAAAUACUGGACGCUCAGGAGAUGCAAUCUUGUAAACAUGGUUAGUAGCUACAGUUCAACACAGAGUAAUUAGGAGACAUCGAAAGAAUUUAUAAAAUGACAUCUGGACAAUUUUCCAUUGGA